AAUAAUUUCGCGCGUAUGUCGGUAAUUCAGAAAUCUUUAACCCUUUAUUGAUUUUUGACAUUUGUGAUAUAACCUAUAAAAUCCUCUGAUACAAAAUUUUAACGGGACAAAUAAUGUAUAACGUAUUCAGAAAAAAGCAAAAAAUCGGUUAAAUCGGAGAGCCGUCAAUGUUACGGAUGAUGGAAAACCGGUCUAAUAGUGAAAAUGUAAAAACCGUCGUGUCAGUAUAUUUACAUAGAAGACAGUUUCCAAUUGUUAAGCCCAAGAAAACAACAAGGACUUAUAACAUAAAACGAGCAUUACUGGAGAAUAGACUUGGAAGGACACAUUACGAUUACGAUUGCGGCAGUAGUGAUCCAAUGAUGGUGGUUGAGUACAUUUACCUAUUUCAAAAUUUCAUGUAUUGGUUAAAAGACCAAAUGAAGUAUAAACAAAGAUGUUUUGACAUUGAAAGGUUAGCUGGUCCCUUGUUUUGUCAUUUUUAUUUGGAUAUGCUAAGCAGUGAACAUUCAGAAAAAGCAAUAUCAUUUUUUAACGCUCAUGUCGAUAAAUUGGAUAAGUCUAAGUGUGAUGACACAGUGCUAAGACUAAUUAAAGCUGUUACCAAUAAUUCAGACAUCAUAGAGUUGGAACAACAAAUCAGAAGUAGCAAAAUAGUAGCAGAACUAACAACAGAAUCUCUGUUUCUAUUAAAAAAGUUUGUAUCAGAAAGCUUGAAUGUAGUGUUUUUGCAGACUUUCCAAAAAUGGUUUGAUUUAAGAACUAGCUGUGAUAAAUUAUUAUUAAAAGAAGAAAAAAAUAUGAUUAAGAGUGGUUUAAGAGAGCAUGAACAUAAUAAACUUCAAAGUGUAAUUAGAGAAGUCAAAAAACUUCAAAUUAAUGUGUGUAAUAUUCGUGUAACAAACUGUAAGAAUGGUGUAGCCUGUGGAUUCAUUAAGAGACAAUUGGGUGCUGUUGCAGUCGCUGAGAAGAAUGUGUUACGAAUUAUGCCUUUACACGCUUUAGAUUCUCUUUUUAAUCUUACGGAAUGCUUUAGUGAAAUUAAAUUAAACAAUCAUUCAAAACAAAUUUACUGUAUUGCUGUUUCUUCAAAAAACGAUAUAUUAUGUACAGGAUCAGCAGACAGGAGCAUUUGCAUUUACAAUAUGCUCAAAAUACAGCUGCAUCUAAAAGUGUAUGGUCAUUUAGGUCCAGUGUAUUGUAUUGCAAUUAGUGAAUGUAGUAAAUAUUUAGCGUCAGGUUCUCAGGAUAGUACAGCAAGAGUGUGGAAUAUUACAACAGGAAAAGCUUUAAGGAUAUAUGCAGGCCAUACACAACCUGUAACAUGUUUGCAGUUUCAUCCAAAUACAAUGUACCUUGCAACCGGUUCUGCAGAUAAAAAUAUUAGAGUUUGGUGUUUAAAGACUGCUAGCCCUGUUAGGUUAUUACAUGGUGCUAAGGGGGUAGUAUUUGCCUUGGCUUUUGAUCCCACUGGGCAGUCACUUGCCAGUGCUGGGGAAGACAAAAAAAUUAGAGUGUGGGAUUUGAUAACAUCAAAAAUAACCCAGGAAUUCAGAAGCAAAGAUGCUCCUGUAGUUAAAUUAGCUUGGAACACGACAUCCAAGCAACUCGGUGUUGGAACUUUGUCAGGAACUAUCAAAGUUUGGGAUAUUUCCCAUCACAGUGAAGAUCAUAAACACUUGGAACCUGCUUUUUCCUGUCAAGUGAAUGGUAGCAUACUCAGUUUGGAAUAUACAAUGGGAAUUUGGUCAUCGCUUUCUGCCUGAUUAUUUGUUAAAUUUAUUUUAAUUAAAGGGCAAUUUUAGUGUAUAUAGUAAACUUAGUAUAUUUUUGAAGCAAUAUAAAUUAUUUUGACAAUAAUAGUACAAACUUUGAACUGGAACAAGUUUUCAUUAGGAAGUAAUUGUAAAGAUUGAUACUAUUAGGUAUAUACAUUGUUUUGUUAAAAUCAAUAUAGAUUAGAAGAACCAUUCUGACCUCAAAAGUUUGUUUGAACAGCAAUGCUAUUUUCAAAAGUAGUACCAGUUGUACCCUAAUGCGUGCUGGUACUAAAAAGUCUGUAAAUACUUUGUCAUCCUUAUGCUGCUUAUAAUUUAUUUUUUCUUUGAUAUGUAGAUAUUUUUUUACAGGGUGUGUAUUUUAGCUUGAUUUUUUACUAGUACUUUUUCAUAACAAAAUUUCAUAGCGGAAGCUUUAGUUUUGUAAAUGAUACUUUUGGUUGCUUAAAUUUUUGUAAACUAUUUUAUGUUAAUCUAAGAAAUGUAACAUGUUUUUUUUAAUUUGACUUGUACAUCUUCCUUUUCUACAUAAGUUUUGAUACAGAAUAAACCAAUUUUAUUUUAUUAUUUAUUUGUUUGAUUUUCUUAAUCGUCACCGCGUUAAUAAAGUUGGAAUGAAACAAAAUUAAUUAAUUAAUUAUUAAAAGGAAUAAUUUAUUAUUG